CACCGGCGUAUAUGACAUGCCAUAAUUCGUUGGGUUUGUGGAUGCAUGCCAGAGCGAGCUAAAAGCAGAUACUGAGAUACCCUGGACAGCGCACCUUCUGUCUCCUCUAGCGUAUCUCUCUCUCUCCAGGGUAACGUGCCUCACAAUCUCAACGCUAUUUGACCUCCGCGGUACAAAUUACUGGGCUUCUUACAUCCAGCAAAAAGAGAUGAACCAUUUAGAAAGUUUGGACAAGUGGUUAAACGAGCUUUUUUAUUUCCUGUUUGAAGACAGAGACUCCAGGGUACGAGGAUGGCUCCUGUUGGACUCGUACCUCCCCACCCUCUCCCUCACCAUCCUUUACCUCCUCACAGUAUACCUGGGAUCAAAAUACAUGAGGGACAGGCCAGCGUACUCACUCAAGGGUGUCUUACAAGUGUACAACUUCUCUGUGACCAUGCUCUCCUUGUACAUGCUGGUUGAGCUUGUCUGUGCAACCUCGUCGGCAGGCUACCGUCUGCAGUGUCAGGGACUCCACGAGGCAGGGGAGGCGGACCUCAGGGUAGCCAAGGUGCUGUGGUGGUACUACUUCUCCAAGGUCAUUGAGUUCCUGGACACCAUAUUCUUUGUGCUGCGGAAGAAGAACAGCCAGAUCACCUUCCUGCAUGUGUAUCACCACGCCUCCAUGUUCAACAUCUGGUGGUGUGUUCUGAACUGGAUCCCCUGUGGACAGAGUUUCUUUGGGCCGACUCUUAACAGUUUCAUCCACGUGUGUAUGUACUCCUACUAUGGCCUGUCCACAAUACCUUCCAUGCAGAAAUACCUCUGGUGGAAGCGUUACCUGACUCAGGCUCAGCUAAUCCAGUUUAUACUGACCAUCACACACACCCUGUCCGCGAUCGUCGUCCCUUGUGGUUUCCCCGUCGGAUGCCUGCUCUUCCAGUUCUCCUACAUGGCCAGCCUCGUCAUCCUCUUUGUCAACUUCUACAUCCAGACCUACAGGAAAAGACGGCCAGGAGAAUCCAUCAAGUCCAGUCACCCGAAUGGCCACUCUGUCUCCACCAAUGGCACCAGCCUCAAGAAGAGAAAGUAGUAUUCGGACCUGGUUGUCAAGACAACAACCUUCUUCAACAACCACCAGAAUCUAUACGUGCCGUGACACUACUGCUAAAAUGCUCCAAAACAGGGAUAAACAUCAGUAUGUAUGUUGCAUUUUUGUAUAGAAUACUUCGUACUUAAUUUUUGUAUCAAAUCCUUUGUUUGGUUUCCUUGAAGCUUGACAACGUAUGUAUAACAUACUGUGUGUACAGGAAUGAGGCGCUCAUUUCCGUUGCACUUUCAAUUGCUGAAAUGCAAGUGUGAAAACUCCAUCCAUUCCUUACCACGCAGUAAACUAUGCAGUUCAUAGUUUUAUUCUCAUAGUGUAAAAACCUGAAUACAAUCAGCAAUUUCCACAAUACUUUGACAUAAUUUACUUUGCUAUAAAGUCAAACAUUGCUUUAUUGAAUAUAGCCCAUGUGUACAGUGUAUACUCACCGAAAAUAUCACUCCAGAGCAUUCACUUAAAUCAUUGUUAAACUAAAGAUGCCUUAGAAACACUGCAAGACCUUAUACCUGAUGUAUCACAAUGUAUUUGAAUGUCUUUGUUUACGGGUGCAAAACAUGCUGGUAAACAUUUGACUGGUUCUGUAGAAAAAGCAAUAUUGAACUGGCUUUCCUGACGACUUUGGUAGACUUUGUACAUUGAGAAAUGCAACCACUUAUCAAUAUCUUUGAAUGGCUAUCAGCAAACAGACAAAAUAAAAGUACUUUAAAAAAUUUAA